AUGGAGUUGGUUGUGGUCGUGGCCCAGCGUGUGAUUGAAGGUGAGAAGAUUGAGGAGGCCUAUCAACAGAUGGAGUUGGUUGUGGUCGUGGCCAAGCGUGUGAUUGAAGGUGAAAAGAUUGAGGAGGCCUAUCAACAGAUGGAGUUGGUUGUGGUCGUGGCCCAGCGUGUGAUUGAAGGUGAGAAGAUUGAGGAGGCCUAUCAACAGAUGGAGUUGGUUGUGGUCGUGGCCAAGCGUGUGAUUGAAGGUGAAAAGAUUGAGGAGGCCUAUCAACAGAUGGAGUUGGUUGUGGUCGUGGCCCAGCGUGUGAUUGAAGUUGAGAAGAUUGAGGAGGCCUAUCAACAGAUGGAGUUCGCUGAGAUCGUUGUUCAAGGUCUGAGUGUAGAUCAGGAAAUUGGGGUUGCACACUAA